GAGUGGGGGGUUCUUUUGACCCGGAAAGGGAGCGGGAGAAGUGGUCGGUUGGAUGCUGGUGCGGUGGCGGCUCCAUCUCCGCCGGAGAGUUUCGCCAAACCCGAACCGCCUGAUAGAUUUUUCCGCUGCGGGUGUGCCUCGGUGUGAUGUGGAGAGUCAGAAAUGCCUUAUGUGGAUCGACAGAAUCGUAUUUGUGGAUUUUUAGACAUUGAAGAAAAUGAAAACAGCGGAAAAUUUCUACGUCGAUACUUUAUACUGGACACUCGGGCAGAUAGUUUGCUGUGGUAUAUGGACAAUCCACAGAAUCUGCCUUCAGGAGCCUCACAUGUUGGAGCUCUUAAACUUACCUACAUUUCCAAGGUCAGUGAUGCAACAAAGCAACGACCAAAAGCAGAGUACUGUUUUGUCAUUAAUGCAGGGAUGAGAAAAUACUUUCUGCAGGCUAAUGAUCAGCAAGACUUGGUUGAAUGGGUGAAUAUUCUGAACAAAGCCACCAAGAUCACAGUGCCAAAACCAGCAGAUGUUCAGCUGAGCACGGAAAACCAAAAUUGCCUUGUGGAGGGGCCAUGUGCACGGAAGACUGGGCCAUACAAAACAGAAAUAAUUGGUGGUGUUCCAAUUAUAACGCAGACCAAUCAGGAGGGAAUGGAAUUUUUGGAAGGAAUUGACAAAAGUAACUUGAAACAUUCCCACAGUCAGCUUACAUAUUUUAUUGGCAAAUCUUCAUCUGAUCAAGCUGUCAUUAAAAAUGGUUACUGUGUUAAACAGGGAGCAGUGAUGAAAAACUGGAAAAGAAGAUAUUUCAUACUAGAUGAAAAUUCCAUAAGUUAUUACAAAUCUGAUCUGGACAAGGAACCACUUCGUUGUAUACCACUUAAAGAAGUUAAUAAGGUUCAAGAAUGCAAACAAAGAGAAAUUUUGUUACGUGACAACUUAUUUGAGAUGGUAACUAAUUUUAGAACAUUUUAUGUUCAGGCUGACAGCCCUGAAGACAUGCACAACUGGAUCAAGGCAAUAUCAGGCGCCAUAGUAGCACAACGAGGUCCUGGAAGAUCAGCAGCUUCUAUGCGGCAAGCCAGACGGCUGUCGAAUCCUUGUAUACAGAGGUAUACAUCAAGAACUGGUGAAUGCGGCAUGAGCCUUGCGACCUUUCCGCAGCAGAAUCCAGCGCAGUCUCAUCUUCCUCAAAAGCAGCAGAAGUCUAUAAUCCCCAAGCUCUCACCACCUGUAGCCCUGCCGACCAAAAUCUCCAACAUAACCAGGAGAAGCGAGGAUUUCACAAAGCUUCUGCCAUGGCUCAGUCAGGGCAGAUCAAGAACCAGACUGUCUCUACCAGAAAACCAGCUGCCAAAAUGACGAAGGAUGAUUCAGUCCCUCAAGGUAAAAAUGGUGUACAGGAAAACUAUCCUGUUCCUGUGGAUCUGGAUGAUGCCAGUCUUCCUGUCAGUGACAUCUGAAAAUGGAAGUUACAAGUCUGAGAUCUCUGAACUAAUGAGGCAGACAAAGAGUUCAUGCUCUUAUUCAAAUCUUUGCCGCUGGAUAUACGUCUAAUCUAUGUAGUGAAGUGCACCUGCUAAGAUCUCUCUAACAGAUUCCAUGUUCUAAUAUUAUGGAUAAAUUUAGAUCAAUUGGUGUUCCAUUAUCUGCCUACUUUGUUUGUGCCUGAAGAACAUUUUUGUGUACUGCCUUGGUCCCAAAGAUACUAAAUGUCACUAAAUGUACAGAGCACUCUUUUAUAUAUUUGGGUCAGUAAGAAUUUUCAUUGUGAGGAAACUUGAACCUGAUUCUUCAACCUUGGCUGAUCUGUGUAUGAUCUUUAACUUGGGGCCUACAUGUUUUUAAUGCACCAAACCCCUUUUAGCUUAAAGUGCCUGACUACAUUCUGGAACCAAGUUUUCAAAUAUAUCAAUAUAUGAUCUAAUUGCACAAUGUUAUAUUUUUUCUUCCUUAAAUUAACUUUUUGUUUUACUGGAGGAAAUGUAAUUUGAUUGGAAGAGUUUAAAUUGUUUGAAUAUUGCUCAAAUUUUAUAGGUUGCCUGUGCAAUACUUAUUUCACUAAUUGUGAACUGCAAAAGUUACUGGAAGUUCUGAUAAUGUCAUUGUAAUGUGAACAGUGCUGCAUGGUUUUUUUUUAAAGUAUGUUUUACACAGGAUCAAAGUUAUGCAGAUGACUUUUCAGUACUGUGUACACCACAUGCUUUUCACCUUAAGAUCUUAUGGAGGAGUAGAGUGUGAUUGCUUCGGACACGAUAUUCAUCUUAACUGGUCAAUAUUCUGAAAUGGAACUCGAAUAUCUGUAAAGACUUGAAGAAACACAGAUCUGAGCAUUAAUAGUGAUUUGGCAUUGUUUAGAUUGAGCUCAAGGAUAUUUUUAUGAUGAACAUAUGGUGGUCAUUUGAGUUAUGGUACAUCUGUUACAUCCUAUUUAAUUAAUAUGCACGGAAAUUGUUUUUGCCCUUUUCCACCUAGCAUUAUUGCAGUUUUUAAUCAUAGGAUAUAUUUAACAUAUGUUCCCUGGAGAAUUUGGGAUAAAAUAUUUAUUUUGCACAUCCUUUAUAGGAGUUGUCAUUAAUAAUCAUUAUUUUGUAUGGUAAGUUAACUUUGUUUCUCCUGGAGCUGUUUUCUAUUACAUCUGUUCCUUCACAGUUUGUGCCAAAUGUGUGUAGCUAUCUGGAUAGGAAGGACUUUAUGCUGCUGCAUACUGUGUGGAUAGCACAGCUUAUUCAUUUUCAAGAUUCUGCAGCACCUUGUAAUUUACAGUAGUGUUCGUAUCCAAUCUGUGAUCUCAAUUCUGGAAAUAAUAUUGAGGUUUCAGUGCUGCAAGAUGAUUUAAAAAAAAAAUAUUUUGCUCUUUGCUGCUGUCACAUUCUGCUGCUCAUCUGAAAAUGGUAAGCAAGAAGAGUCCUGGAGGCAAAGGUUGAGCUAUCAACAUUGUAUUGCAGCUAUUCACUAGGAAUUAUUUGGAAAAUACUAGCCCCCUGUGGUAAAGCUAACUCAUUGCAAUUUUUUUUUAAUGCCUUUCCUGGAGGGUGCUUCUCACGUUUAAUUUUUUUUCACUUAAAGCAUUUGUUGGACUAAAUUCCACAAUCUUGCUUCAAUUAAUUGAUUGCUUUGUAUUGGUGGAUUUUGAUCACUUUAAUGCUACAAUUGACGCCAUUACUGUAAUUUUCAAAGUUAAUAGAUUUACAUUGUUUUUUAAGAAAGAACUGCAAUUGAAGGUAGACAAGAACGCUGGAGAAACUCAGCGGGUGAGGCAGCAUCUAUGGAGCGAAGGAAUACGUGAUGUUUGGGGUCAAGAGGGGUCUCAAAAGUCACGUAUUCCUUCGCUCCAUAGAUGCUGCCUCACCCGCUGAGUUUCUCCAGCAUUUUUGUUUACUGUACAUUGUUUUUUAGUAGUGUUAUUAAUUUUGGAGGACCUUUAGGAUGUUAGGAUUUUAUAAAUACAGACUAGUUUAAUUGUUUUAAUAAUUGUCAUGUCAUGAGUUUAAUUGUUUUAAUAAUUGUCAUGUCAUGAGACUUGAAAAUACUGUCAUGAUUCAUCUCAUACAGUAGUUUGAUAUAUAAAUAUAUCCUGUGAUUUUUGCAUGUUAGAAUUUUGUAGUUUGCUUGCUUUAAAUUUAUAUUUGGAAUAAAAUACAUUAUUGCAGGGCUUUGAUUUUAAGUAUCAACCAGACAGCGUCGCUGUGCCUUCAAGUGCUACACGUUUUGUCACUGGUUGUCUGUAUUGUAAAUUAAAUAGUUGAUUUGCUAAUAACUGUUAUUGUUGAACAGGGUCAUUAAAACAUGUAACAUAGUGCAAAUUUCAAAGAUGGCUACUUCUUGAACUGAGAUGAAAAUGCUCCUGACAUUACCUUUUGAACACACUAAAGCUUCUGUUUCCACUGUGACAUUGAAAAUUCAAUUUUUACCACCAAAAAAGAACUGGAUAUAAAGGAUGAAAAUGAUUCUUUACUUGAUUAGUUUUCUUUCCCAGUGGAAAUAUAUUGUAUAUGAUUAACUACAGUUAUUCUUAAAAGAUGCCUGUGGGGAAAAGUUACCAUUAGAACCUGUAAAAAAAAAUUGUUAAGUUCAAUAUUUUUAUUUUUAUAAUUGUAGAUUUGCUAAGCUUAUUGGCACUGGUACUGCUUCUGACUGCAUGUGCUACUGCUGUGUACUUGAAAACAUUCUGUAAGAAUUGGGUGAAGAAAUUGACUGCAUUUACACUAUUAUAGGGGACAAUAUUCAACUACUGGUGAACUAAAAAUCUAAUAUUUGAGUUGGGAAAUUGUAUUCUGAUUUAGUCUGCUAACAAAAGCUUUUAUUUAUCUUUGCUGAACGUUUUAUAUAAAUCUAUAAAAAUGUUUAAAUUAUUUUUGAUGGCCUAUGUAAGGAGUGUCCUGGGCGAUGUUUGUUCAUCUGAGACAAUAAAAAUAACAUGAUUUUUA